GUGUUCAACCAGAGUUGUGAGGUGAACUGGAGGGCCUCUGUGAGUGGCUGUGUCAUUAACACCUGUGGCUGGGUUAAGGGCUCUGGUUACCAGGCUCUGGUGCAUGCAGCUUCAGCUUUUGAGGUAGAUGUUGUGGUUCUGGAUCAAGAACGGCUGUACAAUGAAUUGAAACGGGAGUUGCCCCACUUUGUACAUACUGUACUCCUUCCUAAAUCAGGGGGUGUAGUUGAGCGCUCCAAGGACUUCCGGCGAGAAUGUAGGGACGAACGUAUCUGUGAGUAUUUUUAUGGAUUCCGUGGCUGUUUCUACCCCCAUGCCUUCAAUGUCAAGUUUUCAGAUGUGAAAAUCUACAAAGUCGGGGCCCCCACCAUUCCAGAUUCCUGUUUGCCUCUGGGCAUGUCUCAGGAAGACAAUCAGCUCAAGCUAGUACCUGUUACCCCGGGACGAGACAUGGUGCAUCAUCUGCUGAGCGUUAGCACCGCUGAGGGCACGGAGGAGAACCUGUCCGAGACGAGCGUUGCCGGCUUCAUUGUGGUGACCAGUGUGGACCUGGAGCAUCAGGUGUUUACGGUCCUCUCUCCAGCCCCCCGCCCACUGCCUAAGAACUUCCUUCUCAUCAUGGAUAUCCAGUUCAUGGAUCUUAAAUAG